AAAAAAUCAUUAAUUCAAAAUGGGUAAAGUCAGAACCAAGACUGUCAAGAAGGCAUCAAAGAUCAUCGUCGAAAAGUAUUACAAUUCUCUUACUACCGACUUCGAUACCAACAAGAAGGUCUGUCAAGAAAUCGCCACCAUUCCAACUAAGAGAAUGAGAAACAAGAUUGCCGGUUUCACUACUCACUUGAUGGCCAGAAUCAAGAAGGGUACCGUCAGAGGUAUCUCCUUGAAGUUGCAAGAAGAAGAAAGAGAAAGAAGAAUGGACUACGUUCCAGAAGUUUCUUAUGUCGAUGAAAUUAUCAACAGAGGUAUUGAAGUUUCUGAUGAAGUCUCUGACAUGUUGAAGACUAUUGGUUUCGGUGAUUUGAAGAGCGUCACUAAGGUCUCUCACUCAACAGGCCACCACCAACACCACAAUAAGAGAAGAGGUAACAAGUCUUAUUAAAUAAAUCCAAUAUAAAACUAUUUAAAA